CACGCGAAGUUUCUGGAAGGCUCUCCAUCCAUCCACCCCGUCCGCAUCGGCGGUUUCGAAUUUGGGUUGAGAGGCAGGCGCGGCGGCAGAUUCGUGCCCCGAUCGAGUUCAUGGCGACGGCUUCCGGCGAUCAGUCGGCGAGCGGCGGGUCUGCGGCGAGGGCGUCGAAGCUGCGGUACCCGCUGCGGUCGGCGAACCGGGCGAAGGCGGGCGGCGAUGCUCCUCCGACGAGCGCCUCCGCGGCGCGGAGAGCAAAACCAUCUUUGGAUGUCAGCAAGAGCGUGAGUGGUCUUGAUCUUUCUUUGGUGAAGGAAAAUCCAGCCAAACCUCCACGGAGGCACUCAAUACAGACCAAGCCAGGUGCUAGUCCAAGGCCAACUCCUACAGGAACUAUCACUCCUGUGUCAUUGGUUCGAUCAAGGAGAUCUGAUAUCCAAGGGAAGUUUGAUACCCCCAUAUCAGAAGUUUCCAUGUCGACUGCAAGGCGUAAGUUCAGCACUCUGUCCUCAAUCUCAUAUUGGAUGACACAAAUCAGGCUUUCAGAGGCUGCCUCCAAACACUCUAUAUCAUUGGGCUUCUUUAAGCUUGCCCUUGAAUCAGAAUGUGAGCCUUUGGAUCGUAUGAGAGAGGAGCUAAAGUCCUAUGUGGUCCGGCAUGGCCUUGCAACAGAGUUGGAGGAACCAGUGAAGGAUAUUCUUCAGGUUUACAAUAUUGUGGAAGAUUUUGAUAAGCUGACGAUCACUGUAAACUCUUCAGAGCAGCCGAAAAAGACUGACAAGGCUGCUCAUAGUGCCACCAAUGUGUCACCCAAGGGUAAUCUGAAGCCAAGGUCGUUGAAUUCUGAUGCAGCUCCAAGUAAGGAAGCAACAAAGAACAUUCAGAAGAAGGCUGAUGCAAAGGUUAGAGGCUCCUACAACCGAAAUCCAGCCAAAAAUCCUCCUGUGAAAGAAGCAAUCUCCAAGAAUGCUGGUAAGAAAGCCAAGAAGCAGGUCAAGGAGCAGCAGGAAGAUUGCAAUGGAGGCAGUGAGUCUUUGCCAGUUGGAACAGAUCAAGAACCUGUUGAUGCGGUGAAGGAGAUUACGAAUGAAGAUAAAGAGAACAUGGGGGCCAGUGAAAUGCCAAUGGAUGUUGGCAUAGCCCAAGAAAUCUAGAACAGCCAAACCGACUUCAGAUUCAAACUUUUUUAAUCGCUGGAUAUGAAGUAGAGUGUGUGGUGCUUGCUUUUCUCUCUAUUUGUUCAUAUGUUGCUGGAUCUUGUCUUUCUUAUUGUCAAAACAGGUAAAGGGUUCUUUUAAGUGUGUAGUAUGGCUUGCAGGGGUGGAUGGUUGCUUACUUGCUUGUACCCCUUUAUUAAGUUUGCAGCUCUGAAAUUUUUUCAGUCGUGCAUCUGGAUAUAAUUGAAUUCUUUAUUUGUGUGAUAUUCUUGUGAAGAAAUUCCCUCCUGGUCUGUGUAGUUUUCUCGUAUGAUACUGACAUUGUGUCAGAGCAUGGUAUGCAUAUAAUCUUCCAGUGCGUGUGUA